AUGGCGCGCGAGGCGUCGCGAACGCCCGUCACUGACGCGCUCGAAGACAUGCGCGCGUCGAGCGCUCGAAUAGCGUCGAGCGCGCGCGCGAGCUCGACGCGAUGCCGCGCGUGGGCGGGGGCGACGAACGCGCCCGUGAGCGCGACGCGACGCGCCGCGGAGGCGUUCGUCGAGCGGUGGGAGGCGCUGGGGGCGACGCCGAGCGAUGGGCUGGGGGACGACCUCGCGUCGAUGCGACCGCUGGACGAUGCGCCGUCGAAGCUGUGCGUGGAGAACGCGGUGUACGAGAGCGAUGUGUUUCGUAAGAUGCACGUCGAGCUGGCGUGGGGUGACGGUGGGUUCGAGGUGCUGCACGUGGUGAUGUAUCCGUGGGCGGAGCGGGCGGCGCCGGUGUACGCGGCGGACGCGGUGGGUUUCGGUGGACGGUUAUCGCUGUGCGUGGUCGAUUGCGCGCCGGUGACGAGUGAUUUGAGCCUUCCUGAGACGUACGAAGACGUGGGAGGGAGGAUGUUGGAGGAGACGUUGAAGUUGGGCGUGGCGAGACGCGAGCUCCCGGAGUGGGGACGCGCGAUUCUCGGUCCGCUGUGCCUGUGCGUAGGUCCUCGAGCGGACGAAACCGCGUCACGGGACGUCGAUGCGUUCUUCGACUACGCAUAUAAAUUACACGACGCGCACUGCGAGCUCGCCAAGGCGCCCGAGCUCGUGCUCGAGAGCGGAUCGACGCGCGCCCUGGACGCGCAGGUUCGAUUUUGCGACCGUCAGCUCGAGAACGAAAAGACCCGUCGAGCGCUCGAGCGCGCGUUCGGCGUCGACGUCGCCGACAGGUACAUGCGCGAGGUUUUAUUCGACGUCACCGCAUCGACCCCGCGAUCGAGACCGUUGUGA